AUGGCUUCAAGUCAACAGGCCUCGGAAGCUUUUGCGCCUGUGCUCUCAGCACUCAGCACUAUGCAAAGCAAUUCUUCUCGCCCGCAGAAAGUUCAGGCCCACGAGUACCUGGAAAAAUUCCAGAAAUCGUCGGACGCAUGGAACGUUACCCACAAGAUAUUACAAUCUACGGGUGCUACUGUUGAGGCGAAGUUGUUUGCAGCGACAACUUUGAAAGGGAAAGUACGUAGUGCUACUGUCAGUGCCAUGUGCUUCGCGUCAUUACUCACCUUUAUGGGCCAGAUAAUUUACGACUUAGACCAGCUUCCUAACGAAGCUCUCGCACCCCUUCGAGAUUCUCUUAUUUCACUUCUCCAGCUCUACAGUGACGGGCCGCGACCCAUCCGAACCCAAAUCUGCGUCUGUCUAGCAAGCCUAGCCAUCCAAUACACUUCUUGGAAAGAUGUCUUGCCAAUGAUUGGCAAUGCCGUGCAAGGCAGCAAAGGUGGUGGAGACGCCUUGCUCGAAUUUCUUCGCAUUCUUCCAGAAGAGGUUACUGAGGGACGAAAGAUCAACAUGACAGAAGAGGAGUUGUCCAACAGGUCUCAGGAACUACUGGAGCAGAACUCAACACAAGUGCUGAACCUCUUGAUAUCGUACGCUCAAUCUUCAUCUGAUGCUGCUGUCAAUCCUCGGCUCUUCGACUGCAUCAGCUCAUGGCUGAGGGAGAUCCCCGCAGCAGACGUUGUAAACUCGCCUCUUCUAGACACCAUGAUUGCGGCACUUGGUAACGACACAUCUUUUGAGAUGGCUGUCGACUGCAUGUGCAAUAUCUAUCGAGACACGCGGGAUGUUGACGAGACCAUGGGCGUCAUUCAAACGCUAUACCCAAAAAUAAUUGCCUUAAGACCUAAGAUACUCGAGGCAGCUGAGACUGAAGAUACCGAUCUAAUGAAAGGUGUGACGAGGCUUUUCGCCGAAGCCGGUGAAGCAUGGGUUGUGCUGAUCGCGCGACUUCCGGGCAACUUCAGAAGCCUUGUCGAAGCUGUGCUGGAAUGCUGCAUGCGAGACAAUGACCGAGACGCUAUUUCGCUCACCUUCAUCUUUUGGUACGAAUUGAAACAGUACCUGACCCUUGACAAAUACGCAGAUGCGCGAACCUCGCUUGCAGACCUUUUUUCGCAGCUUGUUGAUAUCAUGAUCAAGCAUCUCGAAUUUCCUACCCCAGACAACGGUGACAAUGCCGAUCUAUUUGAUGGUGAUCGUGAACAGGAGGAGAAGUUCCGUGAAUUCAGACAUGCCAUGGGUGAUGUCCUAAAGGACUGCUGUGAAGUCAUUGGCAUAACAGAGUGUCUGAGUAAGGCUUAUAACCUCAUUCAAGGCUGGGCCCAAAGAUACGCAUCGCAAGCGACGGAUGAGAAGGUACCUCACUGGCAGCAGUUGGAGGCGCCAUUGUUCAGCUUACGGGCAAUGGGGCGUAUGGUCGACCCAGAGGAAAGUACUGUCUUGCCUCGAGUCGUGCCGCUGAUCGUCACAAUCCCUGAACAUGAGAAGCUCAAGUUUCAGGCAAUAAUGGCUUUGGGCCGAUAUACUGAAUGGACGAGUCAGCACCCAGAGACCCUAGAGGCGCAAUUGAACUAUGUCAUAUCUGGCUUCAACCAUAAAUCACAGGAAGUUGUGCAAGCUGCUGCACUGGCCUUCAAAUUCCUUGGUACCGACUGCCACAGACUUUUAGGCGGCCAUAUCGUCCAGCUACACCAAUUUUACGAAGGAGUCCUAGACAAACUGAAACCGACCAGCCAGGAAGAAGUCACGGAAGGCGUGGCGGCCAUUGUCGCUGUUCAGCCAAUGGAAAAGAUAUAUGAAUCGUUGAAGAUGUUCUGUGAUCCUGUCAUGAGACGCAUCAUGUCUCUAGCACAGAAUGCUAUGGACGAUGUGAGACAGAAAGCCGUUGCAGAUUAUCUUCAGCUUAUCACCAUCUUUGUCCAGUUGGUCUCACCGUACGUCGCGCCAUCUGAGCCAAAUCCUGCUGUGAAAUACUGCCAGGAGAUACUGCCGCCGCUGGCCAUGAUUGCGACCAACUUCCCUAAAUCAUCCCCUAUCCUGGAACGAGUGUGCCGUAGCUGGCGCUAUAUGGUUAUCUCUUACCGAAUCGCCAUGGCACCGCUCUUACCAACUCUAGCACAAAAUCUUGCCCACGGAUUCCAAGCAUCACGGCAAGGCUGCUUUCUGUGGGCUACGGAUGCCAUCAUUCGAGAGUUCUCUGAAGGGGCUGAGUACGUCGAUCACAACACCAGCGAGGCUGUAUAUCAAUUCUACGAGCAGCAAGUGGUUGUGUUCCUCAGAAUUCUUAACGAGCUGUCACCGGAUGAGUUGCCUGAUGUCAUCGAGGACUUUUUCCGAUUAGCAACAGAUGCGGUCCGAUUCUACCCGACUAAAACCAUCUGUUCGUCGUUAGCCACACCUACGUUCGAAGCCGCAAUAUCUGCAUUGUCAUUGCAACAGAUAGACCCCCUGAUAGCGGCGUUGCAUUUUAUUCGUGAUAUUUUGAGCUUUGCUGGGGAGAAGCCACCUAUUUCGGAAUUCAACGGAUCAGACGGGAAGCCGCUCAGCAAUCCGCCAGAGGUACAGACCGCGGUCAAACAGCUCUUGGUGUCUCUUGGUCCGCUAUUGGUGCAGAGAAUCCUUACCGGUAUGAUGUUCAGCUUUCCUGAGGAGUGUUUCCCCGAUGCUUCCGCCAUACUGCUUGCCUCGUUUGGCCUCAUGCCGCAGCAGUCUGCGGAAUGGGUGCAAUCGACCUUGCAGCUGCUCCCAACUGGCAGCCUGAAAGCAGGAGAAAGCAACAGGCUUAUGAAGGGAAUUUCCGAGAAGAUCCAGAAGGGCGAAAUGCGAAAGGUUCGUGUACUAUUGCAAGAUUUCACUAACGCCUAUCGAAGAAGGAAUGUUGCUCCUAGGGAAGGUCUCGGACGACUCGAGGCAAUGAGAUUUCGCUUUUCCGGGUAA